AUGAGAUACAAAAUGAUUUUGAGUUUCAUAGCCCUUGUUUCUUCAUAACAAGUUCUAAAAUAAAACGAAUGUAAUGACUGUGGCUAAUUAAAGUCAUAAACAGAUUGUGAAAGUUUUAAAACUGGUUCUUGUGAAUGGAUUGAAGCUAAUUUAAUAGUAGCAGCUAAAUGUUAAAAGAAAGAUUUAGAAACUGAAUAAGGCACAUUCAAAUCAUAUUGUGAGCUAAUUGAGAAACCAGAAAUAAAUUGCUCAAAAACCUUAGGUUGUGCUUAUUUAGAUUAAAAAUGCUUACAUUUUGCAGGAUGUUCGGCUUACGUUAAAACAAGUUUAUAAGAAUGCCAAUAAAUUUCAUAUCGUUGUUUGAGUGAUGGUACCGCUUGCAUUGAGGCAUUAGCUUGCAAGGAAUACUUGCAAAUUCAAUGUGAGAGUACUCCAAGUAUUUCAGGAAUUUGGACAUGCAAAUGGGAUAAUGGUGUUUGUAGAGAUAUUUUAUGUUCAGAGGCACCUUUAACUUUCACAACUGAUGAACAGUGUGAUUCUUGGAAAUCUGGAUGUAUAACCAAGGGAAAAGGAUGUUGGAACAAACCUUUACCAAGUUGUUCAAUCUACACAGGAACUGAAGAAUAUUGUAAUUUAGUUAUUGGAAAUGAUGGAAAUUGUGAGCUGGCUAGGGAUACAAAAAAUUGUAAAGCAAGAGAAUGUUCAAAAGCAUCAAAUACAAUUUCAACAGAUGAGGAAUGUAGAGCAUAUUAAAAUGGUUGUUUAACAACUGGAAAGGGAUGCUAUAAGGGAACAACAAAACCAUUAUGUUCAAAAUAUUUUGGUGAUAAUGUAAGUUGUAUAGGAUAUAUUGGAUCAGAUGGAGUAUGCGAAGGAGAUGUAGGAAGUAAUAAAUGCAGAGUAAGAAGAUGCGAAAAUGGAAAUUUCCAAACUGAUGAUUAAUGUAAAGAAUAUUAAAAAGGUUGUGUAACGAAUGGUGUGAAGUGUGUUAGUUCGUUACCAACUUGUAGCACAUAUAAGGGUAUUUCAACUGGAUGUAAUGCAUACAUUGGAUCUGAUGGUUAUUGCACAGGAAUUAGUACAACAGUAGAGGCAAAUUGUAUUCCUAAAACUUGUGAUUAAGCUUCAAAUACUAUAUCAACAGAUGAAACAUGUGAAAAAUUUUAAAAAGGAUGUGUCACAACUGGGAAGGGAUGUUCUACUAAAGUUGCCUUGAAAAAAUGUUCAAAUUAUGAAGGAGACUCUGUAAUUGCAUGUAUUACAAGAGUAGGAUCAGAAGGCAAAUGUACUUGGAAUGGUGGAAAUAAAUGUACACCAAGAGAUUGUGCUUCUGCACCAUCUUCAACAAACACAAAUACUCUUUGUAGCAAUUGGUUUUCUAAUUGUGUAACAAAUGGAUCAGGUUGUGUAGCUGCAACAACAUGCGAAUUAACAAUUAAAUAAUCAAGUUGUGAGGGAACUAAAAAUUGUGCAUGGUAGCCAAUAUGUACAAGUAAUUCAUCUUGCACCCAAUUUAAAAGAAAGGCAAUCUGUAUAUCAAAUACAGCAAGAGUUUAUAAGGGAUUAGAUGAUGAUAACAACCCUAUUUAUGUAACUCAAAAAUGUGGUUGGGGAGCUAAUGGUUGUUAAGAUCUUGAAUGCAGUCAUUUGACAGGUGCUUUCUAUAGUCUACAUGCAAACUGUGCAGUCGAAUUAAGUACAUGCAUGAGUAAUGGAGUGGAUGCUUGCAUAACCAAAUAAGAAUGUUCUAAAUUGAAGGGAACAAAGAAUACUUGUUUAACGUAUCCUGGAUUUUGUACAAAUUUACCCACAGCUUUAGAAACAGCAUCCUGUCAAUCAAGAUUGUGUUCAGAUAAUACUGAAGCUAAAGAUAAUGCAACAUGUGAAGCAUGGAAUCCUGGAUGUAUAAGUAAUGGUUAAGGGUGUGUUUUUUAUACAACCUCAUGUUCAUCUUUCAAAGGAGAUAGAGAUACAUGUAAUAACUUGUAUGGCUACAUUUCUGGAAGUUCAAGUAAUUACUUGACAGUCUAAUGUUAUAAUGAUAGCAAUGCAACUGUAAAUUCAUCUUGCAAAUAAAAGAUAUGUUCAAUGGCAACUGAUAUGAGCGAAGGUUCUUGCAAUGGAUUCUUAAAAGAAUGUAUAUAUAAUGGAAAUGGAAGUUGUGUUGAUCCAGAAGUUGCUACUUGUGAUGAUUAUUAUGGUGUUGCUGCAUUUUGUGAAGGAUUAACUAUAAAAAAUAAAGAUCCAAAAUAUUGUUAUGGUACUUCUUCUGCAGCUAAAUGUCAAGUGAAAAAUUGUGACCACUACCCUGAGGCUAAUACAACUGAUGAAAUUUGUCAGAAUUUUAAAUCAGGUUGUAUUGCUAAAUCAUCUGGAGGUUGUGUUGAUAAAUCAGCAACAUCAUGUUCAUUAUAAAGUGGAACGAAUUAAACUUGUCCUAAUUUCUCAAGUAAUUCUGGAAAAUGUCAAAAAUAUAACCAAUGUUAGGAUAGAGUUUGUGGAGAUAUAUUAAAUCCCACUAGUUAAUAGGAUUGUAUUAAUUAUAAAUCAACAUGUAGAUUCUUUAAACCUGGAUCACCUUGUAUAUAUGCCAAUAUAUGUAAUCAAUAUUAUGUUCAAGAUUCAACAGCAUAAGAUUCAGAUAAAUUUGCUUACUGUAUUACAAUAACAAAUUACAAUGGUAAAUUCUGUGGUUAUAAAACUGGAAAUACAUGUGCGGAAAGAACUUGUGAUCAAUUUUUAAGCACUUAUACAACUACAUUGACAUGCUUAACUUAUGUACCGAAACCAAAUCUAACCGAUAAGAAUCCCUGUAAAUUAGCAGGCACUAUAUGUUAUGCUCCUUAAAGUGAUUGUGCUUAUCCUCAUGGCAUAAUAACUACUGAUAGCGAUAAAAAAACAGAAUGUUAAAAAUAUGAAAACACCAAUGAUGUAUAAUGUAUAUGGAGCAUUGGUAUUGCAUGUUCAAAUCAAAAUAAAUGUGAAAAUCUCAUUACUUAAACUGAUGCAAAGACUUGUAAUGACUUUUUAUAUGCAACUGGUAAGGGUUUAUGCCAAAAAUUAUCUGAUUCAAUGUGUAUAACUACUAGUACAGAUUGUGCUACCUAUAAAUUAGAUUCAUCAAAGACAGAGGUAGUUAAGAAGGCUGUAUGUUAAGGUUUAUAUGUCAUUGAUGAUGUUUCAAAAUAUGGUACAGGAACUGGUGUAUUUAAAAAAUGUAUUUAUAAAUCGGCUGAUGCAUGUUCUCCUAUUACUACAUGUGCUGAAGUUCCAUCUGCUAUGAGUUAGGUAGAUUGUGAUAAUUAAUUACCUGGAUGUUUAUAUUUUAAUGGAUUAUGUUAUGCUAUAUCCGAAACAUGUGCAGGUGUCUCCAUUCCAAACAAUGCUAAUACAGAUACAUUAAAAUCAUUGUUUUGUCAUAGUAUGAAGUAAGGCUAUGAUCAUUGUAAACUCAAUGCUGCUAAAAAUGCUUGUGAAGAUAACGCGGAUACAGAUUGUACUUCUUUUGAUAUUACAAGGAUUACAGAUUGGGAUGGUAAUCUUAUUACUUUAGCUAAUUUUUGUGGAGACAAAGCUGAUAAAACAAAAAGGAUAUUAUGUAAGGCAGGAACUCUUCCAAAUUGCUCAGCUGCAACAUGUGAGGAUAUUGCAAAUCCAAAAAAUUAAGGAGAUUGUGAUAAUAGAAUACUUGGAUGCUCAUUUUCAAAUGGAAAAUGUAGAAUUUUUGAUCCAGCUGGAGCACAUUGUGAAGCUAUUGAUAUACCUACCGAUAUUACUGUUGCCAGCGGUAAAACAGUAUUUUGUCAAUCUGUAACUUAAACAAUUUCAUCAAACUCAGGUGUACCAUGUACUUAUGAUGAAUUUAAAUCUGGGCCUGCUGAUACUUAUUGUGCAGCAACUGGUACCUGCUCAUCAUAUACUGCUCUCCCAUCAGAUGAAACUUAGAAAUUAACUUAUUGUCUUAGUAAAGUUAAUGCUUCAAAAUAGUAAUGUGCAUUUACGAUAGGCCAAGAUGCUUGUAGAGAUUCCGAUUGCUUUGAUAUAUUUUCUCCCACAUCAUAAAUUUCAUGUGAUUUAGGAGCUCCUGGCAAGACAUGUACAUAUAUUUAAGGGACAUGCUACAAUACAACUGAUGGGUGUGAUAAAGUUCCAGCAUUAGGGUUUGAUAAAAAAGAAUAUUGUGACUUAUUAACAUCCAAUACCAUUAAUUGUACCUACAUUGCAGGGGAAUUUUGUACUCCAAAAUUAGCAGAAUGUAAAGAUUAUGAUGUAACAAAUGCUAGUGAUAAAAAAGCUACAUGUAAUACUUUAGUCAAUCAAACUGAUGAAAAAUGUAUUUAUGUUUGGGGAUAUAAAUGCGUUACACUUGGGACUUGCCAUUCAUAUGAUGGUUCAGCAAUUGCAGAAUUAGGACCAGAAAAUGGUAAAGAGAUAACUCAAUGCCCAAUUUUCAAAGCAAUAACAACUGGUUAUCCAUGUAUUAAACAUGCUUCAGAUCCCAGAAAAUGCUAAACUUAAGUAUGUGCUGAUAAUGAGGGCAAUGAAUAUGGUUGCAAGAAUAAUGUCAGUGGUUGUAUAUACUAUCAAAAUAAAUGUAUCUCAAAAACUUCAUGUGCAUUAUAUACUUUCCCAGACACUAUAAUUAAUGAGAAUGAAAAACAAUCUUGGUGUGAAGAAGUUAUUGAUUCAAAUGACAACAAAUGCAAAUACGAUGGAACUAAAUGCGCUAAUAGACUUUGUAGUGAUUCAGCAACUGCCAGAUAUUAUACAGAUUUUGAUUGCAAAAGUUAUUUGAAAACUUGUAAGACUGAUGGUUAUGGAUGUAUCGAUGCCAGCAGUAAUUGCAAUACUGUUUCAGGAAAUUAGACUUUCUGUGAAUUAAUGCUUGAUAAUUCAGGGUAUAAUUAUUGUAAGUCAAAUGCUGCAGUUGUUGCUUAUGGCAAUUGUUAAGUUAGAACCUGUUAUGAUAAUGUAUCCGCUAAAUCUGAUGGAGAUUGUGAAAUUUGGAUGAAAGAUUGCGUAACCAGAGGAAACGGUUGUAUACCGAAAGAUAGACCUUGUUCUGAAUAUAGAGGUACAAAAACUUAAUGUGAAGCAUUCAAAUAUUAUUCACAUUAUGAUAAUGUCAACAAAGUUGAUGUGUAUGUAUAAUGUUCUGGAAUGUCAUCCAAUAAGGAGAAUAGUAAGUGUAAAGAUAGAAAGUGCACAGACAAUACAAUCGCAACUACAAAUGAUGAAUGCUAGGCUUACUUGGAUGGUUGUGUAACAAAAGGAAUAGGAUGUAUUUCAAAAUUUUUCAAUUGUUCUGUUUACAAAGGAACUAGAGAUACUUGUAGUAACUUCACGGGAUCAAGUGGUUAUGAAUAUUGUUACAAUGUAGAAAAUGCAACAGAAACAUCAAAUUGUUAAAAGAAGAAUUGCAGCGAUAUUUAAGGAACUAAUAACAAAGAGUGUAGCGAUGGGAUGAAACCAUUUAAUACAACUGAUAAACCUUUCUGUGUUUUUAAUGGAACUGUUUGUGAUACUUAUGGUAAAAGAUGCGAGAAAUUCAAAGGAACAGAAAUUACUUGCCCAACUUAUAUAGCAUUAAAUGGUCCAUGCAAAGCUACUAAUUAUGGAACGAUUGUAGGAAGCUGUGCGAAAAGAGUUUGUAUAGAAGCUUCAAAUAAUUUGAAAACUGAUCAAGAAUGCCAAGAUUAUCAUCCAGAUUGUGUCACUACUGGAUAUGGAUGUACAUUUGUUGUUAAUUGCAAUUCUAUGAUCAAUUAAGAUUCUUGUUAAUUAAGACCAGAAUGCACAUGGGCUAAUUAAUGUGAACCCACUAAGACAUCAUGUUCUGAAUAAAGUGGAACAAGUCGAUCAAAUUGUGUUAACACAGUUAUUACAAUCGAAGUUAAUAAUGUUAAAAUUAAAAAGAAUUGUGCUUGGACAGAGAUAGAUAAUUAAUGCAGAGAUCAGAAAUGUGAGGAUCAAUCUGCAACUAUUAACUCUCAUAAAUAAUGUAAUGAUUUUGAUAAGACAUGUACAACCACUGGAGUUGGUUGUAUUAUAAUGACAGUAUGUAAAGGAUACAGAACUGAAUCUAUUUGUAAAGCUGCUUCGUAUCUAAGAAAUAGUACAACUGGUGAAUUAGGCAGAUGUUUUUGGGAGAAUAAUAAAUGUAGGGAGAGAAUUUGUGGGGAUUUGAAUGGAAAGACUGAUGCUGAAUGCGAUGCACAUUUGAGUGGUUGUAAAACAAAUGGAACAGAAUGUGUCUAUGGAUCAGGUUGUUCAGACUUUAAACUUUAAUAAUAUUGUAUCUCCUCAGAGAAUGGACCUUGUUUGUGGAUUAAUGGAAUAUGCCAUAAUUAUAAUUAAUGUGAGGAUGCUUUAAUGAAGUCUCACUCAGAGUGCCAAGACUUUUCUCCUCUUUGUACUACAAAUGGUGAAAGAUGCAUCCCAAUCACAUCUUGUUCUAAAACAGCUUUAAGGAUAUCUUGUGUUAUAGGUACAGAUGGUGAUUGUGGAUAUUUACCAACAGGUAAAUGUUAAAAAUUCAACAAAUGUGCUGAUGCAAUAUCAAAUGAUUAGAAUGCUUGUUUGGCUUAUGGUGGUUGUAUUACUGAUGGAACAACUUGUGUGGCCAAAGGUAAAUGUUCCGACUACAAAACAGAAAUAUCAUGCAAAAAUAAUCUUGGAAGUGAUGGAGUUUGUUUCUGGAAGGGCUCUAAUUGCAAAUUGAAAGAAUGUUCAGAUCUUAUUGGAACCACAUAUGAUCGAUGCAGAUCUUAAGUUAUUACUGGAGGUUCUUGUACUACAGAUGGAAUUUAAUGUACUCCUCUAAAGCUUUGCUAAAGUUAUACAGAAGGUGGAUGUUAUUAAGGAACAGAUGGAACUUGUAUCUUCUCUUUCCCUAUUGGUUAAACCAGUGGAAAUAAAGCUUGUAGAUUAAAGUUAUGUGAAGAUAUUGAUAAAGGAGUUAAUAAUUUUGCUUGCGGUGGAGUCAUACCUGGAAAAGAAUGUGUUUCUAAUACUAAAAAUUGUAUUCCUAAAGCAGCUUGUUCAACAUACAAAAUUUUAGAAGCAUGCAAUGGAGGAGGAUUAGAAGGAAUAAAUCAAGUUUAAUGUACAUUUUCGCCUAAUUCUGCCACCGAUAAAUUCAAUGGAACUUGCAAAGAAUUCACAUAAUGUAAAGAUGCUAAUUAAGAUUCCAAUGCUUGUUCAACUAAUAAGGCAUGCAAAUGGACUUUAACUGAAAUUGCUUCAUCUUGUGUUUCUCAUACUUGUGAUACGUUUGCUACUGGUACUGAUUGCCAACCAGUUCCUAGCUUUGAUGGCAAAACCUUCACUGUUUGCAUUAUUCAAAAUGGUGUGUGUACUGCAAGUGAUCCUGGUACAAUAACUGAUUCAAAGGUUUGUUACACUAAAUCUGCCUAAUCUUAUACCUGGAAUUAAAAUACCAAUAAGUGUGAAUAAUGUAGAGCAGGAGCUACACAACAAAAUACCACGAACAAUAAUACAAUUCAUUUAAACAAUACUGAUAAUUACGGAACGAUUUUACCUAUUUUCACCUUAAGUCUUCUUGGAAUUAUGGCCUGA